GACUCCACUGCUUUCAAAACGUUCGGAAUAUUCGGCUUUAUGAUUAAAUUAAUUAUAACAUUUAUACCUCAUUUGACCGUGCGCAAACGUCUGAAUACAAUUUUCCAAAUACAUUUUUGGACAACUUGCUGUUCUCCACAAGGAGCUGAAAUUCCCAACACGAAUUUGAUGGAUACAUUUUCUGGUUUAAUUAGGAUUGGUAUUCAAACCAUCCUCCUGACGACCACUGAAAUGAAAAACAAAUGACGUUUUUCAAAAAUGUCAUCUUUUGCAACCCGAAUCACAAAAACGAUUUUUGUGUGUUUGGGUUUAUUUUCCAAUUCCCCAAAACAAAAAGAAUAAAAUAUUAUCGUUUACAAUUUCUCGAGUGCUUAUCUUACUCUGUAUGACACCCAGACUGAAAAUACUCUGCAUAAAUAUUACUAUUGAAAUUUUUGUAGAAGCACUUCAAAAGCAUAAAUAUUAUUAUUUAGAAUUUUGUGGAAGCACCUCCUCAAUAUAUUGUUGACUGUAAAUUCACAUCAAUUGAAAAAAGUCCUUGAUGACUCUGUAUAUUGCGAACCUUAACAUGGACCUUGCAAUGUUUGGGUCACGUCUUGUGUUUACCAGCGACAUGCAACGAGAAGCAGUCACGGUGCGGCACGCCUAUUGUCCAUGUGCUCCAUCCUGUCGGCUCCAUUGCCGCGGGUGCGUCACGCGCUCGGAGCUUUGCAUAAAAUGUGUAUCAGUGGGCCAGCGCACGAGUCGGCACAUGGCGAGCGCGCAUGUGGCUUACAUGGCUUUACACAGAGCAGCCCCACUUGGCACGUCAUUCCCACCAAUCAAAGCGUGCGAGAGGAAGCGAAAUCUCAAGGAGAGAGAGAGAGAGCAAGAGAGAGAGAGUGAUCAAAGCUGCAACACGCACAAGCGUGCACGAGAAGGGUUCAGCAGAAAGCAUCUAGGUUGACUCCAAACGCAAGUAGAGGACUCCUGCGCGCAAUUAACAGCCGGAAAGCGCUUCCAUCACUCGGUCUUUUUUUUUUUUGCUCCGUUGAGAAGAGCAGGUGCUUGGGGAUUUUUUAUCUUCAGCUAUAUUCACCAGAUUUCAUCUCCAAGAAAAAAUGGACAACAGCCCAGGAGGCGGCGGCGGAGUCAUCCUGUAUGCAGGCUCGUCCGGAAGUUCCAGCCCCAGCCCGGGGAGCCCCUCCAGCGGCUACCAGACACACUCGCAGCCCUCGUCCCCGGAGAAUGUGACCUUCACAGAGAUCGGGGCGAUGAAAGAGAGGUCGGACGGGUCCGCCAGUCCGACCUCAAAGGUCCGCUUCCCCGAGGUCUACGGCGGUUCUCCUGCACCGCAGCAAACCUAUGCACAUCUGAUUGGUGGGAAAAGGCCCAGCUGUGCUUUCCAUGGAACUUUUACUAAAAAUGGUGGAAUGGUUCUGCUCUGCAAGGUCUGCGGUGACAUUGCGUCCGGUUUCCACUAUGGCGUGCACGCAUGUGAAGGAUGCAAGGGUUUUUUCCGCCGCAGCAUCCAGCAGAACAUCAACUACAAGAUGUGCGCGAAGAACGAGAAGUGUCUGAUCAUGCGCAUGAACCGCAAUCGGUGCCAGCACUGUCGCUUCAAGAAGUGCUUGUCCGUCGGCAUGUCACGAGACGCUGUGCGUUUCGGCCGCAUCCCGAAAAGGGAGAAGCAGCGACUUCUGGAUGAGAUGCAGAGGUACAUGAAGAGCCUCAAUGAGUCAGCCGCUGCCGACAUGGACUACUCCUCCUCCUCUUCUUCCCCGUCGGUGAACGAGACUCUCGCCGGCCACGAUGACGGCGGGUCCAAGGAGGCCAUCCCCAGAGCCUACCAGGACAUCUUCAGCGGCCGGGAGAGGACGGCCAAGAGGCCCAAACUCACCAACAAGGAGGCUUCUCGAGAUUGCGGUUCCCGCCAGGUUUCUGGACAAGCCCACUGCGCCCAGUCUUGCCCGCUUGAUAACAACCCGCUUACAUUCCACAACAUGGACAACGCGUCAACCAAUCCAACUCAUCGGCCGAGCGUCGACACUCUGCAUCGUUGUCCCGAAGCGGGGAACGCUUCGAACCAGCCCUCCUGUCCGUGGAAGUUAGCUCCGGGAGCUAAAGUGUUGGCGUGUCCUCUGAACGCGUGCCCCGUAUCUGGGCCGGACCGCAGCAGUCAGGACAUCUGGGAGUCCUUUUCUCAGUGUUUCACUCCUGCAGUCAAGGAAGUGGUGGAAUUCGCUAAGGGCAUUCCAGGAUUUCAAGAGCUUAGCCAGCAGGACCAAGUCAUGCUGCUUAAAUCGGGAACCUUCCAGGUUCUUAUGGUGAGGUUCAGCAACUUGUUCAAUGCUGCAGAACAUACGGUGACCUUCCUGAACGGUCAAACGUACCCGCUGUCCACCUUACGUGCUUUGGGGAUGGGUUCCCUACUCAAUGCCAUGUUUGACUUCAGUGAGAAGCUGGCCUCCUUGGGCUUGGAGCCUGAUGAAAUGGCGCUUUUCAUGGCUGUUGUGUUGGUCUCAGCAGAUCGUUGGGGCAUCUCAGACGCGCCGGCUGUGGAGCAGCUCCAGGAGGGGCUUAUCCGAGCGCUACGCUCGCUCCUCGCCCGGCGGCAUCCGGACGACACGUCGCUCUUCUCCAAACUCCUUCUGCGGCUGCCGGACCUGCGCACCCUCAACAAUCUGCACUCCGACAAACUUUUGGCCUUCCGUAUUGACCCUUGAGCAGACGAGCAAGGCGAGAUAAACACAUCCCACGGUCACACGACCUUUUUUUUUGCGUGAAAGGAAAAAGCAACGGGGCCAUCAAAUAAGUGUUGCGAUGACAUGUUAGGAGUCGCUUUGUUUUGACGAUAAAAGGAACGUGUACAUAAAUAUACAUAGAAUUAUUUCAAAUCUAGCGAGUCUACAGCCAUGUGUCACAUUUACGCAAGAUUGUUUGGGGACUCAAUGUAAAACGUAAAUUAAGAUUUUUCAAACGAUUCCACCUAAACAUUGCGUUUGCACUGACCUCAAUAUGCAAAUGAGUUAUGGAAAGUCCCUGUGCAUGUUUUGUAUAUAUUUUUUUGCUGCAUACGUGACAUUUGUCCAAAUACGACUGAACGGAUAGAAUGGACGGAAGCACGGUCAAAUGAAGAAUGUUCUGCUGACCUUCCAGUAUAAGGUGGGACUUUGGGGGGCAGGCGGAAAACGUCAUAGGGAUUCAAGAUGGACCUUUAAUACAUGGAGAUGACGGAGCCAAGCGCCUGCCUGCUCCCAAUGUUUGUCAUACAAACUAAAGUGAUAUCAUUUGAUUGGUCGUUUCACUGAUUCCUUGAGGGUAUCAUGGCUGAUUGAGCACUUUCUGUACAUUUUGUAAAUCUUUCUUCCUAAUAGAACGGAUAUAAACCUCAGAUUGUGUAAUA